CACGCAACAAAUACAAGUUGUGCUGGUGGUACGCCUUUGAACGGACAUGUCUCGGCCGCGGAUCGGAGGUUAUAUAAUCAGGCGGAUGGCGGGGUCAUAGCAGCUUGUCCUCGCUGUACUUAAAUGUAUCGAGGGGCGCCUUCUCCAACUCGGCUUCCCCCAGAUUCUCCUCUCCAAUUCAUCACCCAUUUCCCAUCUUAUUUUCCUUUCUUAUAUUUGCAUCAUGAUGAAGUCAGCAGCAGCAAAGGCCGUCCAGAUUGGCCCAAUUCUGGCAACCGACUUCCCCUCGUGGUCCAAGCUGUUCCACGCCUACGUCGACUUUUACAAGUCGUCUCUCCCCGAUGAGCAGUACAAGUCCACCUUUGCUCGCCUUACCGACCCCAAGACCGACUUGUCUGGUCUCGCUCUUCGUGAGGAGGGACCUGAUGGCAAAUUAAUCGGCAUCAUGCACUUUUUCCCCCAUCAGACACCAUGGAGCGAGAAGCAGAUUAUGCACAUUAACGACCUCUUCGUUGACCCUGAAUACCGCGGUAAUGGCUACGGCCGACGAUUGAUUCAGGAGGCUGGCCGUAUUGCAAAGGAGCAGGGCUGUCUUCGCGUGCAAUGGGCAACUCAGCAUGGAAACCCUGCACGCAAGCUGUACGAUGAGCUUGGUGUGUGCAACUUUGUGGAAUACCGCAUGGCGAUUUAAAAAAGCAAAAUGUAUAAAUACACGGUAUAUGAUUGGCUGAUUUAGCUUGCUCAUUUAUAUUCCCUGUUCCUUGACAAGUCCCCGAUGGUCUACUUACGUCUCCGCAAGUGGACUCACUUCCCCAUGGGACAAAUGAAUGUUAGCGGUGGUGAUGCAACAUGGUGAAAGUAUUCUGGUUGGAUGUGGAUUUUGACAGGAUCCUGCUCCGCCGCCAUGCUAAACAAAGCGCGCAUAAAAAUAAGUGGACUGGAAUCCUUUCCUAGAAGCAAACAAGAAAAAAACUCUGUCUGGCAGCCUGAUGCACUCUUCGCCAAACAAGCUGAACAUGCAAAUGAGGAAAGGCUCCGAAGCCAGGAGGCAAACGAGCCGUCGCAACCCACUAACAGGGCCGUUGGUGGUUAGUGGAUCUUGGUCCGCGGUGCAGCCCCCACUAUUCAAACAAAAGGUCUGAAAGCGAUAUGUCACCGAGAGAGAAGAAGGAAC